GCGAUGUGACCCCACCAGAAUGGAAGUUAUAAAUACAGGCGUGCUCCCCUCCUCCAACUCCGCUUCUGCUCCCCAGAACCUGCUUUUCUGCCCACGCAACAAAUACUUUCUCAAGUAAGUCGGCCCCCUUAUAAAAUUAAUACCAGCUACCCCACAUAAACACCAUGUCCAUUUCGUCUGCGACUGCCAAACAGUACGAGGAACAGUACUCAGCCCACAACUACCACCCCUUGCCCGUGGUGUUCCAAAAAGCCAAGGGUGCACAUGUUUGGGACCCCGAAGGAAAGGAGUACUUGGACUUUUUGUCUGCGUAUUCUGCAGUGAACCAGGGCCACUGCCACCCCAAAAUCAUCGAGGCGUUAGUGGAGCAGGCGUCCAAGUUGACUUUGUGCUCGCGGGCGUUCUCCUCGGACGUGUUUGGCGAGUAUGCCAAGUACGUGACCGAGUUCUUUGACUACGAAAUGGUCUUGCCCAUGAACACCGGCGCCGAGGCCGUCGAGACCGGCUUGAAAUUGGCCCGCAGAUGGGGCUACAUGAAGAAAGGAAUCAAGGAGGACGAGGCCAUCAUCUUGUCUGCCGUGGACAACUUCCACGGAAGAACACUUGGAGUCAUUUCCAUGUCCACGGACCCGGACGCCACCACCGACUUCGGCCCGUACUUGAGCGGAGUAGGUCCUCAGAUUCCAGGCGAGUCCAAGGGCACGUUGUUGAGAUACGGCGUGAUUGAGGACGUCGAAAAGGCCUUUUCCAAUGCCGGCGACAAGAUCGCCGCGUUGUUGUUGGAGCCCAUUCAGGGAGAGGCCGGCAUCGUCGUGCCGCCCCAGGGCUACUUCACGAGAGUGCAGGAGUUGUGCAGAAAACACAACGUCUUGUUGAUCUGCGACGAGAUCCAGACCGGCAUUGCCAGAACAGGCAAGAUGUUGUGCUACGAGCACUACGACAACGUCAAGCCGGACAUUGUGCUUUUGGGCAAGGCCAUUUCGGGAGGCGUGUAUCCGGUCUCUGCAGUCUUGUCUUCCAAGGACAUCAUGCUGACGUUGACGCCCGGCUGCCACGGGUCCACCUACGGCGGGAACCCGUUGGCCUGUAAAGUGGCCAUGGCUGCUUUGCAGGUGGUCAAGGACGAGGGCUUGGUCGAGCGGGCCGAGAAGUUGGGCGAGUUGUUGCGCUCCAAGUUGGAGGCCUUGAAGGCCGAGUCUGGCGGCAUCAUUUCGGAGGUGCGGGGCAAGGGCUUGUUGUCUGCCAUCGUCAUUGACGACUCGAAGGCCAACGGCCGUACUGCCUGGGAUCUCUGUUUGGUGAUGAAGGACUACGGUGUUUUGGCCAAGCCCACGCACGACCACAUCAUCAGAUUGGCGCCGCCCAUCGUCAUUUCCGAGGACGACUUGUUGAAGGGCGUCGAUGUCAUCCGGAAGUCUUUGGCCGACUUGCCAAACGCACCCCACGCUGCCCAUUAAUGCUGAUGUACAUACCUAGCCCACGAGAAGACGCUCAAUCCU